CCAAUCCAGUCACAUAUAAAUAACUCAAUUCCAGAGCUUUAUGUAGGGUUUGAGUUGAAUCGACCUUUUUCGAGUUUGUUGAGGAUGGAUUCGGUUUCACAUGUACCUCCUGGCUUCAGAUUUCAUCCAACUGAUGAAGAACUUGUAGACUACUACCUAAGGAAAAAAGUUGCAUCAAAGAGAAUAGAAAUCGAUAUCAUCAAGGACGUUGAUCUUUACAAGAUUGAGCCAUGGGAUCUUCAAGAGUUAUGCAAAAUAGGAAACGAAGAGCAAAGUGAAUGGUACUUCUUUAGCCAUAAAGACAAGAAGUACCCCACAGGAACUCGAACCAAUAGAGCAACAAAAGCAGGAUUCUGGAAAGCCACGGGAAGAGACAAGGCUAUAUAUUUAAGACAUAGUCUUGUCGGUAUGAGGAAGACACUUGUGUUUUACAAAGGAAGAGCCCCAAAUGGACAGAAAUCGGACUGGAUCAUGCAUGAAUAUCGUUUAGAAACAAAUGAAAACGGAACCCCUCAGGAAGAAGGAUGGGUGGUGUGUAGGGUUUUCAAGAAGAGAUUGGCGGCGACAGUGAGGAAAAUGGGAGAUUACGAUUCUUCGCCAUCACAUUGGUACGAUGACCAGCUAUCUUUCAUGGUCUCGGAUCUCGAUUCCAACUCUCCACGGCGGAUUCUUCCAAAUCAUAAUAAUCAUUGUAAUAGACAUCAUUACCAGCAGCCAUUGCCUUAUGGCCUCAAUGCGUCUUCAGCUUAUGCACUAAGCAACAGUUCUAACCUGCAAUGCAAGCAAGAGCUCGAGCUACAUUACAACCAUAUGUUACAACAUCAACAACAAAAUCAUCAUCUUCAUGAAUCUAUGUUCCUCCAGCUUCCCCAGCUUAAAAGCCCUAACAGUAUAUGCAACUCUAUACCUUAUGGAUCAAGCAACAACGGUAAUAACACAAGAAAUAUUGGUAACUUGCAGCAAGCAUCAAAUCUCUCUCAUGAGGAACAACUGCAACAAGGGAAUAAUCAAAGUUUUUGCUCUCUUUAUUACGAUCAAGGAGUGGAACAAGUGACUACGGACUGGAGAGUUCUUGAUAAGUUCGUUGCUUCACAGUUAAGCAACGUGGAGGUUGCAGCCAUGGCUUCUGCUUCUACUCAUGAUAAUAACACCAAGAUCGAGGCGAGAAACAAUGCUUAUAAAAUGGAAGAUGAAGGAAUGAAUUUUUUGGAGGAUGAUUCGGAAGGGGUUGUUGAAAUGGGAGAAGAGUAUACAAAUUCUCAUGCUGCUUCUACUUCUUCGAGUUGUCAGAUUGAUCUCUGA